AUGGCGCUGACGCCGUUUGCCAAGCCGUACUACGGCGCGGCCUUCAUUGCGCGGCGUCCACUGGCCAACAUUUCGGAAAGCGACCAAGCCAAGUACAUGAACCUCGACGCGCCGUCCAGCAGCGGGCUCUUCAUCGUGCUCUCCAUGGUUGCGAGCUUUGGCUACGUCAUGGCCGUCACCGCCUGCGACGCCAUGGCGGUCCAGUACGCUCAGCGCGAAGCCCUCGCGCAGCGCGGCCGCAUGCAGACGACCAUGUACUUUGUACGCGACUUUUCGGGUAUGGUGCCCCAGAUUCUGGUCGGGUUUUGCAUGAACAACUACACGUACGGCGGCAGCUUUGACUGGGCGAUUUCACCCAACACCGUCUACGCCCUCCUGGUCUUGCCGUGCGCCGUGUGCAUUGCGACCGCCACCUUUUGGAUGGUCGAAGACAAGGUGUUGGUGUUGCACUUUCGCCUCUACCUCAAGAACCUCUGGGAGCUCCUGCAGCUGCGGGUUAUGUGGCAGUUCUGCGCCUUCCAGCUCCUCAACCAGGCGUGCAUCGCCUUUGACACGACGGUCUCGAGCCCGCUCGCGUCGACGCUGCUGCAUGUGCAACCUGUCGCCGACCAAGCGUUCACCGUCAUUGGCAUUCUUCUCUACACGGCGACGAUGUUUUCUAUCGGAAAGUUCGCGCUCAACUGGGACUGGCACCGCACGGUCAUUCUGCACACGGUGCUGCUCGUGGCCGUGGACGCAAGCUGCAAACUCCCGACCGUCUGGGGCUUUGUCCAAAGCGAGUACGUCUACCUCGCCGGCCGCACGUGCCUGCAGCUUCCGACGGCCUUUCUCUUCUUGUUUACGACCUACUGCAUCGUCGAAGUCGCCGAUGUCGGCAACGAAGGCGCCGUCUACGCGCUCGUGACAACGUGCGCCAACGUCGCCGUGCCCGUCGCCACCUUUCUCUUCAAGACCGUCGACGCGUUUUUUGAGGUCGAACUCGACGACAUUCAGCGCAACGACAGCGCGGUGCGCUGGCAAAUGACAUAUUGCUACCUCAUUGCGUACGCUGUCAAGCUCGCGUCACUCUUUUGGCUCGUCCUCUUGCCGCGCCAGAAGGCCCACGUCCAGAUCCUCAAGCGCUCGGGGGGCGCGAGCCGCGCCAUGGGCCUCGUCCUUGUGCUUGUCGUCGCUCUUUGUUUGCUGGCCGUCAUUGUCACCAACCUCCUCGCCGUCUUCCCGACCACGUCGUGCCUCCGCAUCGCCGGUGGCCCGGGCUGUCACGCGUCGUCACCUUAAUUUAAUCCGACUCGACCCGC